AUGAAGGAGCUGCUGCAAGGCGAGUUCAAGCCCAUGCAGGAGCAGAUCAAUACCUUGGCACCAACUAUCAUUGAGAACAUGAAGAACAUCAAGCGCCUGGACGACACAGUCGAGGAGAAGCUGGCCGACUUCGGGAGGGAGGUCGCCGAGCUUCGAGGACAGCUUGGGCAGGCGAACGCUCGCAUGUCGUCACUCGAGAUGAAGGCGGCGUUCGGCGCUGACACCAUCGACGUUGACGACGACGACGACCUGGAGUACAAAGACAAGUGCAGGGCGCAGGUACAGAAUUUCAAGUUCAGUUACAACAUCCAGUUUGACGACGAGGACGACGCGCAGCUCUUCCAUCAGGCUUCGCGAGCGGGUCCUAGUCUGCUCACCUGGACGGACCCACGCGUGGGCAGGGUGGUCAACUUACGUGCUGGGUGGGACCAGCCGCUUCCGAUCAGGCAGCGCUCCUUCGCUCUCGGUCAGUGCUGGCAGCUGAUCAUGGACGAGAUGAAGCAGACGGGCCUCCGGCAGCUGAGCAUGCGAUUGGGAUCGAACCCGUUCGCUGGAGUGCUGCACCUCUCGAACUCUGCCACGGAGGACGCGUGGGACCUGGUGAAGAUCUCCGAGCAUGAAGGUGAGCUGGGUACUUUCAACGUUUCGCCUCAGGACGACAUGAAGGAGGUGGGAUUCGACCAGGCCUUCAUCGACGCGCUGGCGGAGCGCGUCGCCUCCAUCGUUGCCAAGCAGCGUGAUCUUUCGAAGGCCAUUCCCGUCGCCCUGGAGUGGAUGCAGAUCACCAGCAGUAUCACGGGCCUUCAGCUUAAUACUAGCAAGUGUUGGGUCGUCAUUGCCAGGGAUUUGAUGUCGAUAUGGCCGUUCAGGAUCGAUACGGACCCGAGUGCCUUCUCUCUCUGUUCCGCGCCCGUGCGAGAGUUUUCGCUCGACGUCGCGCGGGAGUUAGAGGCUUGCUGCAAUCGCAGCGGGCUCAGCCUCCUGCCGCUCGUGGCCCAGCAGGCUAGGAGUUUCUCGGAGAUGCUCCGGCUGCGGGUGGACCCCGACAGGAUUAGCCACUGCGUGCUCGCGAGAAGCCGCGCCCACAAAGGACGCGGACAUCGAGACAUCGAGAUUGAGCACAUUAAGGUACUCGCGCCUGGUUUCUCCGAGCGCCGUGCCGCGGAUGAUCUCAUCCAGGAUAUCGAGGGUAUGGUGUCAGAUUUGCUCCGGGUGGGCUUUGGAGCACGGGUGGAGGCCCCCGCGAUUCCAUCCAAGGGGGUGUGCCUCAUCCACGAGACGAUGAGGCACCUAUCCAAGCUCGGCCUCCCAGAUGUCGAGAAGGUGCGAGCGAGGCACCGGGCCUGGCAGGCCUUCCGCGGCCCGGCGGAGCACUCGCCCGAGAGCGCGUCGCUGUGCCAGGACAGCCUCCGCCGAGCCGCGGGGGAGAGGCCGCGCGGGCUGUGCCGGGCGCUGUCGGAGCAGAUCGACGCCGUGGCGAGGCUGCAGGGCGCGUCGCCCGAGCCGGCGGGCGCGGACGCGGGCGCCGCGGCCGCCGCGGAGCUGCACAGCAGCCUGCGGGAGGUGCUGUGGUGCCUGCGGCCCGACGACAAGGCCAGCCCCUGGGGGGACAGCUGCCUGGAGGUGGCAGGCCUGCUGCUGGCCGCGGACGUGCCCGCGAGACUGGUGGGGUGCCUGCCGCUGCUGGGGUUCGAGGCGCGGAAGGAUGCCUCGCGCGUCUUCACCGCCCUGCUGCGCGCCGGCGCGUCGCUGGAGGCGGAGAUAGCCAGGAACCUCAGGAGCUCGCCGCGGCUCCUCCGCAUGCUGCUCGAGGGGUGCGGCGACGCCGAGGUCUUCUUCCACUGCUCGCAGAUGCUGCGCGCUUGCGCCGGGGAGCAGGGGCUUCUGGAGGCGCUCCACCAGGAGGCCGCCGCGGACACGCUGAUCGCUCUGGCUCAGCACCCGAGCUUCGACAUCUCCUCGGAGGCCCCCCUCCUCGGCGCUGAU